GUAAACACCUGUAUAAACAAAUAUAUAUAUGGAGGUAAAUGUUCGUGACUUGCGAAUUGCAGAGGACUCUACGCUGAUAAUGAAAAUAUUCAAAAUUACUAUAUUACUGUGUCUUUGCAUACAUAUGUCUUUCGAUGAAGUAAAUUGUGUUCCAGAAAAAAACAAUGGAAGAUCAUCAGAUGACGACUCUCCAGCACCGGUUGUUACUGUACAAAAGAAUCGACUAUAUGUACCUACGUACUUAUAUAAGCAUAAAGCUAAUUAGCUCUUCUAGCCAGUUCCUGUGACAAAAAUCAACACCUUUGUCAACAUAUCAGCCUAGACAUUUAGAUGACAGUCAUUGUAAUACUUCUUGUGUUAAUAUAAAAGGUUUGGUUUCUAAAUCA